UGCUAAAACCUCCCACAACUGUCUACACCAGAGACUCACAGGAGCUCUACUGUGGCUGCAGGUAACGAACACACAUUCCUGCAGUGAUUUCACAGGGAAGGCGGUUUGUAAACCCAGGCAGCACAAUUCUGACACAUGUGGAUGUACGAAAAGUUUCCUUCGCUAGCUCUCAGCUCCCAAGGAGAAAUGGACAUCUGGAGACUCUAAGUUCCUCUUUUGUAGUUUCACUUAGUCAAAGUUGUGGACCAGAGUUUGAAGCUUCCGCUAAUCGGUACGUUUGGUAAUGGCCGCUCUUGAGAAUUCUUCAAUACUUCAAGGGAAACAAAGACGAUUGACAAGACAAACUCAAAAAGACAGUCUGAAAUGGGCACAGGGAUAUGACUCGGGACAACAGACUAUGCUGGGGAAGGCACAUGAGUUUUUUCAGAUUUGUGAUACAGAGGGCAAAGGCUUUAUUGCGCGAUGUGAUAUGCAGAGGCUCCAUGGUGAAUUACCUCUUAGUCAUGAAGAACUGGAAAAGGUAUUCGACACCCUGGAUACUGAUGGAAAUGGCUUUCUGACCUUAGAAGAAUUCACUACAGGAUUUAGUCAGUUUCUACAUAGAGAGGAAAUCCCAGCGCAUGAAAUACCUCAUGGGGAACUUGCUGAACAGCUAGAAUUUGAAAAUGCUUAUCAAACAAAAUGGGAAGAAAGUAAUCAGGAAACCCAAGAGGAGGAUGAAAACACACAAUUUUACAACCUAAUUGACGGCUUAGGGGCCAACAAAUUUUUGGAAGAUGAGAAUGUCAUUAAGCGUUUAUGGAUGGAGUUAAGGAAAGAUGACCCUCACCUGCUUCCAAGCUUUGAAGAUUUUCUUAUAAGAGUCUUUUCCCAGCUCCAGGAAGCCAACGAGGAGAAGAAUGAAAUGGAAUGUGCACUCAAGAAGAAAAUCGCCACGUAUGAUGUUGAAAUACAAAAUCUGUAUGAAGAGAUGGAACAACAGAUAAAAUCAGAAAAGGAUCAAUUUCUCUUACAAGACACCGAGCGAUAUCAUACUCGCAGCCACAAUCUGGAGGAGAAGCUGCUGAACAAAGAGCAGGAAUUGGAACAUCUAAGCCAAAAGCAAAAAAGGCUGGAGACACAAUGUACAGAACUUAAUAAUGACAAGUAUGAAACGAAAGCAGAGAAUGAAAAGCUCAGACUAACAAACAAAGAGAUGAGACGAGACCUGGAACGGACUUCUCAGGAGUUACUAACCGCUCAGAGACAGCUGAAGAUUCUUCAGGAAGAAGCUUCCCAGCUGCAUGAAGAGAGAGAAAUGGAAGUAUACCGGGUAACAGAGAGCUUACAGAGAGAAAGGACCGCACUGCUCAAACAGCUUGACUUGUUAAGGGAGAUGAAUAAACACUUACGGGAUGAACGGGACAGCUUUAUACAGCAGAAAUCAAAGAUUACCUCAUCGACAUCGAUACGGAGUCAAAGAUCUGGAUCUAUCAUUGGAAAAUAUGUUGAGAGGAAGCCUUCUGUGAAAAGUCAGUCAUCAGAAGAAGAUGAUGCGUUCACCUCAAAACGGAAUUCUCUAGCACUAAAUGGGGCCUUCUCCUCUAUAACAGAACCGGACAGUUCCACAGAAGAUAGACAAAGCAAAGUUCAUCCACUGCAAAGGAUAAUAUCCAUUGAGGAGGAUCAUCUUCCCCAGUAUUUGGACAGCCAGCAGGAGAGAGCGCUAAAUAACUGGCGGGAAGAAGAUGAGAAGGAGGGGAUCACUGCAUACAUGGAGGAGAAUGUGUAUAAAGUGGAACACAUGACAGAGGAAGCAUUACCAUCUUCCCCAAGAGGGCAGCCUGUUGGAAAAGAGACCCUGUCAAGUGAAGAACAUAGGUUCAGUCCUCCAGACCGAUUAUUUAAAAUUGUUGUGGUGGGAAAUUCUAGCGUGGGGAAGACAUCAUUUCUCAGACGGUUCUGUGAAGACAAUUUUUGUGCCGGGACUUCAGCUACAGUGGGUGUUGAUUUCAUCGUAAAGACCGUGACAGUGGAUAACUGCCAGGUAGCAUUACAGCUUUGGGACACAGCUGGACAAGAAAGAUACCGCAGUAUAACUAAACAGUUCUUUAGAAAAGCUGAUGGCGUCAUUGUAAUGUAUGACAUCACAUCCAAGGACUCGUUUAUGGCAGUACGGCAAUGGCUUACCAGUGUAGAGGAAGGAGCUGGAGAAAAUAUACCUAUAUUAAUGUUAGGUAAUAAAACAGACAUUGAAAAAGAAAGAGAGGUUCCCUGCGGUCUGGGAAAGCAACUUUCAAAGGACUGUAACUUGAUUUUCUAUGAAUGCAGUGCCUCUAGUGGACACAAUGCUAAAGAACCUGUUCUGCAUUUAGCAAGGAUAUUGAAAGAACAAGAAGACAAAGUGAAGGAAAAGACAGUGCGGCUGCUGGACUCUCCCAAGAAGAAGAACUGCUGUUGAUAUUUAAUGUCUCAUUUUAUGUAUACACUACUUCUAUGACCAGAUAGAUGUCUUUAGUUGUAUAUUUUUGUAGUAUAAUUCUACCAAUCAACAUAAUAUUUAUUGUUAAAUUGCUACAAACUUAUUUUUUUCCUGAUAUGUAAUUUAGGAAAAUGUUCCUUAUACUGCUAUACAGAACACUGAAAGAGUAUAAUUCUAAGAUUUAUUUUUUAUAAGUAAACCUGUGUAAUUCAAACCGAACAUACUGUAUAAUGAAACAUUUUGAAAUACAGAUUACUUUCAGAAAAAAACCCACAUUGAAAUGAUCAGUAGAUCCAGAGAUACAGUGAAACAGAUGUUGUGUGUCACCAGCAGGGGGCAGCGGGCUAUCACCAAGCACAAUUCUAGCAAGUCUAGUGUUCCCCUGAGCCACUGAAGGAAAAGAGAUAAGGUUAGGUCAGGUCUGGCAGCAGACAAAUGUAAUCCAGAAUCGAGCAUAAGAUCAGGACAGCUGGCAGAUGGAGGGUGAAAACCAAAAUCGGUCAUAACCAAAGGCCAGUUAUAAGAGGAUGAGAUAAGGGCAGGCAGACUGCGAUAGUAAGAGCAAGCAAAGUCAUAAUAAAUCAGUGCAUUUGAAUAUAAAAAAAGCAGGUUUCAGCCCCUUCACGACCAGGACAUUUUUUGUGAUACGGCACUGCAUUGCUUUAACUGACGAUUGCACAGUUGUGCGACGCUGUACCC